AUGGCUGCUGACGGUGAAACUCAUCACAGAACUCGUCGUUCCAAGUCCUCCAGAAAGAAGAAAGACCCAAAUGCUCCUAAGAGAUCUCUAUCUGCCUACAUGUUUUUUGCUAACGAAAAUCGUGACAUUGUCCGAGCAGAGAGCCCAGGUAUUGCCUUUGGCCAAGUUGGUAAAGUAUUGGGUGAAAGAUGGAAGGCCUUGACCCAAGAAGAAAGAGCUCCAUAUGACGCCAAAGCCGAAACCGAUAAGAAGAGAUACGAACAAGAAAAGUUAGCCUAUAAUCAAAGACAAAACGAGUAG